UUUUUUUAAAUAGUAGGCAGGUUACUAAGUUUGUAAUUUUUGCACAAGCCGAUUCUUUUUUUUAAACAGUAAAAUUAAUUCCUUUAAGGAGUUAGCAAGGAAUUUUCCAUCUACUCGUGCUGAAAGCAUAAAUAGUUCUUUUUCUUUUUCAAAUAGAAAACAACAAAAUGACUGAAUACACAGUGAAAACAAGCGAUUUUCUCAAUGUCUUCAUAACUUCUUCAUGUGAAGAUAAAUCAAUUGAAAGGCGAUUUCACAAAGGGAUAACAAUAGCGGAUUUGAAGGGAAAACUGGAAAUUCUGACAGGAGGCAACCCGGGUACAAUGAAGAUCAAAGCUUUUGACAAAACAGACAAAUUAAUAUGCAAUCUUGACAAUGAUGAGGCGUUACUUGGCUCGUACCAUAUCGACGAUGGAAUGCGAAUACAUGUUGAGGACAACUUUGAACUCAGGAAACAGCUAGAUUAUGACAUGGAUGUACAAAAAUUUGAGCUAUCGCAAGAAGACUAUGCAAAACGGACAGAUUCUCUCCAGUCAUAUCUUAAGAUGCACAGACUUGGAAAGUACAACGAAACUGAAGUGGAAAAGAAAGAAAGGGAAAAAAAGAGAGAAGAAGAACUGGAGCAGGAGAAACUGAAGGACAUCAAAGUCGGGCUUAGAUGCCAAGUCAGUACACCCAUGCAGCCAGUUAGAAGAGCCACAGUAAAAUAUGUUGGAACUACUGAAUUCAACUCUGGCUUCUGGGUUGGUGUUCAAUUUGAUGAGCCUUAUGGAAAAAAUGAUGGAUCUGUUCAAGGAAAACGGUAUUUCGAGUGCCCGCCAAAAUACGGAAGUUUUGUCAAACCGAUGUACAUUGAAGUUGGAGACUUUCCUGAGGAGGAGAUCAAUUUUGAUGAUGAACUCUGAUUCGACUGUAUUUCGUUAACAAAAGAAAGCACAAGCCUUCAAAUUUUGCCAUUUUUUCCUCCUAAUUGUUUACAUUUUUGUAAGAUUAUGCUUUUUUUUAAAAUAUUAUUUAACAGUACAUAUGAUCAGCAUUAUAACACAAUUAUUUACAUUCACAGGGGUUCAUGUGAUACUGUAGAAAAUUGAACACCAGUAUUUUUUGGC